GUUUUUUCCUCUGAAAUCUCGUAUAGUCUCUUCUCGUUCGUUACCGCAUCGUCUCGUGUCGAACAACACAACCUUUCAUUUAACGACGACUUUAGCAUUAUUUUUAAAAAGAGCUGAAGAAAAAUGAGUGAUAGAGAGGUAUUUUAUAAUUUGGUCUAUUGCAUAUAUUAUUUAGUUAAGAAUUAGCAAGUAUAUCACAUAUUUCACAUAACAAGGAAGAACAACAUGGACGCGACUCGACAAGUUCACAGAUAAAGCUCGUUUUAAAAAACAGAACUGAGUUAUAUACGCCGCUUUUAUAUAUUUAUUGAAAUAACUUACUUUCUAAAAUCCAUUUUAUAAACUUGAGAGAUCCAUUGAAUGAUUUAUAAAUUUGUUUUCCUACUUUAGAGUCAAGCUUCCAGAUCAAGAUCUCGUUCGCCUGCUCAUGAGCGUGACAGAUACAGUAGGAGCCGUUCGUAUUCAAGAGGAAGAGAGAGAAGUCGUAGGCGUGACUACUAUGACAGUCGAAGAUAUUCCAGGAGCCGCUCCCGCUCCUACUCACCAUAUUCAAGGGGAUACAGACGACGAUCACCAAGAAAACCCGAAAGCGUCUAGAUGUGUAGGAGUCUUCGGACUAUCCUUAUACACUCACGAACGAGACAUUCGUCAAAUGUUUGAAAAAUAUGGAGAAAUAGAAGAUGUCCAAUUAGUAUAUGAUCGUCAAACUGGCCGUUCCAGAGGAUUUUGCUUCAUUUACUAUAAAAAUUUGGAGGACUCCAUAGAAGCAAAAGAACGAGCAGCAGGUAUGGAAUUGGAUGGGGCUCGCAUUAGAGUAGAUUUUUCAAUUACCGAACGAGCACACACACCGACACCCGUGAUCAUAGAGGAGGAUACAGGGAUUACAGAAGAUCCUAUAGGCGUACUCCGUCUCCUUACUACCGAAGAUCGAGAUAUUCGAGAUCAAGAUCUCGAAGCUAUUCACCGCGUAAGUUUAUGGGACUAA